AUGGCUAGAUCUUUUUGGGGUAAUUCUUCUUUUAUGCAUGCUUUCUCUCCUUCUCGUGGAGCUUCUAGGGGUAUUCUAGCUAUUUGGGAUGUGGAUUUGAUUUCUCAUAAUCAUUUUUCCGUUCAUGAAGGCUUUGUUGUUAUUGAAGCGGUUUGGGUUCGUUCGGGUCUCCAAGGGAACCUUAUUGUUGUUUAUGCUCCGCAAGGGUUAAGUAAAAAAAGACUUCUUUGGAUUGAUAUUUAUAAUUUUAUAUCUAAUUCGUUGGGGGAAUGCAUCAUUAUGGGUGAUUUCAAUGAAGUUAGGGAUGAAUCCGAGAGAAUACGGUCUAAAUUCUAUGCAUCUACUGCAAGAGUUUUUAAUGAUUUUAUUAACCCUCUCAACCAGGUGGAUGUUCCUUUGGGUGGUCCUAGAUUUACUUGGAGCGAUAAAUGGGGUUCCAAAUUUAGCAAGCUUGAUAGAUUUUUGGUUACGGAGGGUUUUUUGGAUUCUUUUCCUCACCUGUCAGCUAUGGUCUUGGACAAGAAUAUUCCUGAUUCUUCUAUUGGAGCAUCGGUGGAUUAUGGUCUGACACCUUUUCGAAUAUUUCAUUCUUGGUUUGAUAUGGAGGGGUUUGAUGAUAUAGUUCGGGAGUGGAACUCUAAAAACCGGGACAUGGCGGCUAGUAAAAGGAAGAAUUUGCAAGAUUUAGUAGAGUCUAUUGAUAUUAGGCUCAUGGAGGAUGAAGGUUCUGCUAACUUGAGAGAGAAAAGAGUUUCUAUAUUAAAGGAGAUUUCAGAUCUUGACCAUUUAGCUCAAGUUGAUCUUGCUCAAAAAGCUAAAAUUCAGUGGGGCAUCGAAGGGGGUGAAAAUUCUAAAUUUUUCCAUGGUAUGCUUAAUCGUAAAAGGAGACAAAUAGCUAUUCGUGGCUUGACGAUUGAUGGCAUGUGGGUGGAUAAUUCGGUUGAUUACUUGCAAUCUCCUUUUUCCUAUGAAGAGAUUAAAAGGGUUGUUUGGGACUGUGGGUCUAAUAAAGCCCCUGGCCCUGAUGGUUUUACUUUCGGAUUUUUAAAGAGAUAUUGGGAUCUUAUUGCUACUGAUGUUGAGUAUAAAAUUAUUGCCAAACUUCUGGCUAAUCGUCUUGUGGAGGUUAUUCAUAGUGUUGUUAGCCUUGAGCAAUCUGCUUUUAUUAAAGGUAGAAAGAUCCUGGAUGGUCCUUUUCUUCUUAAUGAAUUGGUUGCUUGGAGCAAGUCUUCCAAAAAUCCUCUCAUGUUGCUUAAGGUUGAUUUUGAGAAGGCUUAUGACUCCUUAUCUUGGGAGUACUUAUUGGAAAUCAUGUCCAUUAUGGGAUUUGGGUCUAAGUGGUGUCAGUGGAUUAAGGAGCUUUUGUCGACAGCUAGGGCUUCUGUGUUGAUUAAUGGUUCCCCAACUGAUGAAUUUCAAAUUCAUCGUGAAUUGAGAAAGGGUGAUCCGCUUUCGCAUUUUCUUUUUAUUCUGGCUAUGGAGGGUCUCCAUAUUGCUUUGAUGUGGGCUCGAGCUGGGAAUGCUUUUAGAGGGGUUUCUAUUUCUGGACUGGGAUUUCUCAUAUCCUACAGGAUGUCCAUGGGAUUGGGGGUUAAUACUCUUAGAUGGGGCCCUAGAGGUGGAGUGGAACAGCAGAAAUGGAAUAAUUUUAUUUGCCUUUUGCAGGAUUUCCAACUCAGACCAGUCCCAGAUAGACUGGGUUGGGUUAAUGAUGUGUCAGAUACUUUUUCCAUUUCAUCAGCUCGGAAAUUAUUGGAUGGUUUUACGCUUAGUAACAGAGGUAUUUCUACUCAUUGGAAUAAUUGA